AUGAGUCUCAUGGAAGCUAACAGGAUUAAAUUUAGCUCUAGAGAUGCAAUAAGCUCUUUUCCAGAUGAGAUACUUGCUCGGAUCUUGUUAUUUCUUCCAACUAAACAAGCUAUAAUCACAUGUCUUCUCUCUAAAAGGUGGAGGAAUCUGUUUCCAUUGAUGAUUCAUCUCUUUGGAUCUCAACAUCGUUUCGAUAUUGACGAUUCUGAUUUAGUCGAUCCCGAGAAAACUUGUAAAAGAGAGAGUAAAGUUGUUCACCAGAGCUUCAAGGACUUCGUGGAUAAAACACUUUUUGGUUUCACUUCCAUAAAGAAACUCUCACUAAAACGUCAAAAUGUUCUUACCGGUCUCGAUCUUACCGAGCAAUGGAUACGCAAUGCCUUGGAACGAGGCCUAGUGGAUCUUGAUUUGCGUUUAUAUACGAGUUUGGCUCAUGAGGCAAGACAUCUUCCUUCUAGUGUCUUCUCAAACAAGACACUGGUUAAGCUAACAUUAGGGUUAGAUCUUGGUGAUCAUCGAAGAUUAUAUCCAAAAGUGUUUCUUCCAAUGCUAAAGAGUCUCUUUAUCCAUGAAGUUUGGUUUCGAGGUGAAGGAUUGUGUCGUUUGAUGCUUCCUAAUUGUCCAAUACUUGAGGAGUUAGCCUUACAUUGCUUAUGCGGUAAACCAGAUGGUCUAGUUGAACCAUUCUUUAUAUCCCACAAAACCCUAAAGAGACUCACGGUUCACUACAAUAACUGUCUUAAAUCCUCUCGAUUCAUGAGAUUCAACACACCGAGUCUUGUUUCCUUCAACUACUCUGGUUUCGCUCCUAUUCUCAAUCUAAGUGACAGUUUCUUGGAUUCUCUUAUAGAAGCAAAACUAGAUGUUCAUACACAUGAGAAUUAUGAUGUUUAUAGUCAUCUAUAUUCUAAGACCAUUAAUGGGAUGUGCAAUGUUAAGACCCUUUCCUUGUCUUCUGCUUCUGCUAAGGUGAUGUAUUCAAGCUCUAAGGAAUUAACUUCCUUUUUAAACCUUGUUAAGCUUUGUUUUGAGAGUAAUACAAAAGAAGGUUGGAAAGUGCUUCCGCGUCUACUGAUUAAUUCUCCAAAGCUAGAAAUUUUGGUCCUCAAGGGUUUGCACUGUAUAAGAAAUCAGGGAGUGACCAUUAAUAAAAAUGAAAUGAAGGUGUUAAGGAUAUAUGAGUUUAGAGGAAGUGUUAGAGAAUUGUCACAAGUGAAGUACUUUUUGUGGGAAAUGAAGAUUCUUCAAGUGAUGAAAGUAGAAAUUGAUGCUGAUGAUAACAAGAAACUUCAAAUCAUGAGUCACCUUCUUGCUCUUCCUAAACGUUCAUCUAAAUGCCAAAUCGAGUUCUUGUGA